GGCGAGGGAGAGGAGCGAUGGUGAACAAGACGCAGCUCAUGCUUGGCACCGCCGGCUGCGUCAUCGCAAUUGCUGGAUUGGCGCUCACAAGAACGCCGCCUCCGCCGCCGCCUCCGCCGCCGCCUCCAAAGCCAAAGCCAAAUGCUGCUACUCCGGCGUGAUAUUUCGAUCAGGAAAUAAGAAAGGAACCAUGAAUCAUCACCGUGAGCUGUGAGAGCUAUAAACAAGUGAAGAAAUGUUUGCUGGUCUUUGGAUCAAACACCAAACCAGCAGGCAACGAAUUUGACAAUCAUACUCGUAUGGUUCCUUCACUCUUCCACCAGAUUUUUCUCUCGAAGACCGCUUUUCCUUUUUUUUUUUUGCAGCAAUUCGUUAAAUGAAUCGGAGAGAUUCUUUUCGAAUAUUUUCUUCUUUUUCUAAAGAAAAAGAAAAAGAGGAAAUUUGGUACUGCUGCUAGGAGACAAAGGCUCUCCAGAUGAUUGGGGAUUAAAAUUGGUGUGGUGCCGACACGGGGUAAAUGUAAACAUUGCGAAGAACACGAGUUUAAUCCGUGAAAAGGAGUUCUCCAGACUGGGAGUUAACAGAGGAGCGAGGAAAAUUUGGCAUUGGGGGGGUAAACACUGGACAGCCCAGCGACGAAAUUUUGUAAAGAGUAGCAGCGAAAGCGAUUGCUGCUACAGCGCUGUUCUUCCUCCUUUUCACACUCUUUUUCUCGCUAAUCCACCAACCGGGAGGAAUCGAUCGAUCGAUAGCGUAAAAUUUGGCUGGUGUCUCGUCUCAUUCAAUGCAAAGACUGCCAAUUUGCGAGAAAGAAUGCGAGCGAGCGCAAAGCCCCUUUCGUGUUUCUCCCUUUCUCUCUCGCGCCGUGGCAAGCAGCAUUCAUAGAUGGAUUGAUCGAUGGGCGAUCUAUCCAUCCAGGGUGAUUGAUUUGCGAGACCAACCAGGGCCAGCGUUUGCUUCACUCCAAAGAUCGUAGGGAAUUGCAAGCUCGGGGAAGAAAGAGAGAAGAAUAAAAAAGGGCUCUGCCGAGAAUCUGGCCGGGUGUCGCGAGAGAGCGCCAGGAAACCACAGAGCUGUAAUGGGUCUGCGAGAUUUCGCAGAGAGGCGAGCGCCCAUCUCGCGUAUUUUGGAGUGGAGGACAGCAAUGGCACAACAGAGCUCCUUUGAGCUAGGAACAAAACAAAGCUAUGAAGUGUUAGGGUUCUUCGUCACUGGUUCGAUCGAGCUCCUCCAGCUAGAUUUCCUAAGCUAGCGCGCAGCUAGAGGGGGAUUCCUUGGCACUGGCACUGGCAUUGUUGUAACAGGCGAAGGGAUUCCAUGAUCGAGAGAUUCUUUCACACGCGCCGGAGAUUUUUUUCUUGCGCUCCGUGCCUCGGUUCUUGAUCGUGGCGAGGCCACAUUUCCAUCGGCGGGGCCUUGCCAGGGAAUUAGGGUCUUCGCGCUGCUAGAUCUGGCGCUCCCGCGGACAAUGUAGCUCCCGUUCGCCAAGAUUCUCGACGACGAAAGAGGGCUUUGCUCAGUGCCAGGAUGAGCGGCAAGGCGGGGAAGAAGAAGCCCGAGAAAUUUCGCGAGAGGAUCGAAUUCAAGUUCGUCUUCCACGCCACUCGGGUACCGCAUUCUGGAUGGGAGAAGCUCUACGUGUCGCUGGAAUCCAUCGAGACUGGCAAGACGACUGCCAAGACUGCCAAAUCCGUGGCGCAGAGUGGGGCUUGCCGAUGGCCCGACGCCAUCAUCGAAUCCACCAGGCUUGUUCACGAGACGCGCACGAAUUCUUACGAGGCCAAGCUCUACAAGUUCGUCAUUGGAAUGAGUCCUACACGGGUUCUAGGAGAGAUCACGCUCAACUUAGCGGAUUAUGUCUCGGUCACUUCAGCAGCAUCGUAUGCUUUCCCACUCAAGAGCUGUUCCACAGGCACUGUUUUGCACAUCAAGCUUCAAUGCCUCACGUCGGCAGACAGCCCGAGCACAAACAGUGGCGAAGUUGAGCAACCGAAGGAAGUUACAGCCGAACUAAACGACCAACUCUCGGAAGAUGAGGAUGAUUCCAGUGUUAGCUCGUCAACGAAUCUCCCUCCUCCCACGCCAAGUAGAGACAAGGUCCUUUCGAGGUAUAACUCCGACUCUUCGGAUGUCUCAACUCCGGUGGCGAAUGGAAGCGGCAAGAACUUUUACAACUCCCCGGAAGUGCCGUCCCCGGCAAGCACGGCAAACACCGGCAGCUUUAACUCGAGGCUGGAGCGAACUGGAAGACUUAGAGCAAGCACUGAGUCGAUCAAGUCGCUCGCUACUCCUUUAAAACCGGCGGCGAGGACGAGUUUGCCAUCCGCAACAGUAGCGCGGCUUUCUGGAGAUAACAAAGCUCCUGGCAAUGUCGAUGAAGCGGUGUCAAAGUUGGAAGAAGAGCUAGAGAAGCUCAAGCAGCAGCUUCUCGAUCAAGAAAGCCGUGCAUCCGCGAGAGAGGAGGAAUUCACUGUUCUCACGGGUGAAAGGGAUGGUUUGAGAGAGGAGAUAAGCUCCCUGAAGCGCCAACUUGACGAAAGUAUAGCUACAAGAGAAGAGAAGAGCUCGGCUCUCGACAGCUUACAAGAAGCCAUGCAGCGAUUCAGAGUAGAAAAGCAGGGCCUGGACGAGCAACAAGCCAGCUUGAAGCUCGAACUUGAAGACUGCAAGCAUAUCAUCAAAGAGCUCCAGCAAGUUUUGGCGUACGAGAAGGAAUCUAAGGAAAAUCUCGCCACACGGCUGGAUAAGAUCCAGGAAGAGAAGGAGAAGCUCUCGUCGACGGUGAGAGAGCUGGAAGAGACGCUGGCAGACGAGAGGAAGAAGAUGGAAGACAUGUCCGUGAAGAACAUGGAGCUCCAAAACUCUUUGGUCGAUCAGGAGCAGACGAUGGGAGAAGUGGAGCGAGUACUCUCACAGAAAGUUCAAGACAGAGAGGAAGAGCUGAACUCGUUGCAACAAAAGUUGGCGAGCCUAGAGGCGAUUCAAGCAGCCAGCGAUCUCAUCGAUCCAAACGAGCUCGUAGAGCUCAAGAAAGAAGUGGAGGAGCUCGAGGUGGAUAUAAAAGAGCUGACGGACGAGAACAUAGACUUGAUCUUCAAGCUCAACAUCGCCAACAAGGAGCUCUCGCGAUUUUCUGGAGAGUCGGACUACCUUGGGAUGACGGACAUGGAGGAGAAGCUCCAGAAGUUCCGGAGAGAACAUCAAAACACAAAUGACAAGCUCUCGCAGCUCGAGUCGUUGUGCAAGGAGUUUAAGUUCGCCAAAGUCGACCUGGAAGCCCGGCUCAAGAGCUCGCUCGAGGAGAUCCAAGCUCUCAAGUCGGACCUCAAGGCAUCGAGAGCCAUGCACGCCAUGGAUCGAGAGGCCUUCUCGGGCCGGGAGCUCCGGCUCAAGGAGCGAGCAGACGAGAUGCACGAGAAGUACUCCAUGACUUUCGGGCUGGUGGCGGAUCUCCAGACCGAGCUCGAGACGGUGAAGAAGGAAAACUCCGAGAACCGCAAGAGGAAGGACGAAGUCGAGGAGGCUCUAACCAGCCUCGAGGUGGCCAAAACCGAUCUAGCUUACAGGCUCGCGGACUUGGAGAGCGAGAACUUGAAGUCGCGAUCUCUAGCUCGAAAGUAUGAGUCGGAUCUGGGGGAGAAGACGCAGCUCUUGACAUGCAAAGCUGCGAAGGUCAGUGAUAUGGAGUCGAAGAUCGUGAUGCUGGAGGCGUCCAACAGCGAGCUUGAGAGCAGGAUCCAGGAGCUCCAGAGCCGGGAGAUACUGAGCACUUCGCGCAUCGUCGAUCUGGAGCUCCAGCUUUCGUCGACCAAGAGGGAGUUCGAGGCUGUGGAGCUCAAGAAGCAGGAGCUGGAGACGAGAGUUGACGGCCUGGAGCUUGAAAGGUUCGAGCUUGGAAGGAUGCUCCACACCGGACAGGACGACAACAAGUUCUUGAAGGAGAAGCUCGAUGGGAUAAUGGGAGAGCUGGCGGAGUCGAAUGCGCUGCUCGAGGUGGAGCUCUCAGCGAGGAGCACGUUGGAGAAGAGGGUGGCGGAGUUUGGAAGCGCAAAGGCGAGCCUGGAGAAGCACCUAAGCCACUUGGAGGACGAGAACUGGCAGCUGACGGAGAGGAUCGCGGGGCUCGAGGCGCAGCUAAACUUCGUGACCGAGGAGAGAGAGACGUACCGGAUGCAAAGCUUUGCGAGCGAGAACCGGGUGAAGGAGCUCGAGAAAGAGAGAAGCAAGCUACAGGAAUCACAGGAGCAGACGAACAAGGAGUACGAGUUUAAGGUUCAUGGCUUCGAGGUGGAGCUGGCUCAGGCGCUGGAAGAGAGGGACUCUCAAGUCCAUGCACGUAAGGGGCUCGAGAAUCAGCUUGAGGAGAUGAGAGAACUGAAAGAGGCUCGUGAAGAAGAGGUCCGAGAGAUGGAGGAGAAGCUGGCCACUGCGAGGAAGAGCUACGAGGAGUGUGUAGUGGCGAGAAAAUCUGCUGAAGGCAAGGUGGUGGAAGUGGAAGCCGAGCUGGGGAGACUAAACGAGGAGCUUCGAAAGAUGGCGAAGUCCAAGGCUGAGGCGGAAGAGAAGUCGAGGAGAAUCGAUGAGAGAGCACAGUUGGACAGGUCGGUUGCCGUGGAGCGGCUCCAAGCCGAGCUCCAGAGGUUGACGGAUCAAAUGGACGCUACCUGCGACGAGAAGGAGCAUCUGGCUUCGCAGGCCUUGAUCGAGGCAUCGGAGCUUCGUGCUGAGAAGCUUGAGUGGGAGGACGCCAGGACAGAGCUUGAGGAGAGGCUGGAAGUGGCGGAAGCACAGGCCGAUUCCCUGAAUAGAGAACACGAAGAAACUGUCAGAGAGGUUCUAAGCACGUCGAGGAAACGAGAAAUGGAAGUUACCUCCGAGCUCGAGAAGUCGGCUGCAAGGAUUGCUCAGCUCGAGGCUAGUGCUCGGACUCUAGCAGCGGAGAAAGCAGCUCUCGAAAGUCAAAUCCAGAAGUUGGAGCGAGAAAACUCGGAGCUACGGGCCAAGUAUAUCGAAAUCUCCGACCAGCUCGAGCAGCACAGGGAAGCAGUAGCAGGCCUCCAGAGCGCCAAGUCCGAGCUAGAGACCAGCCUCCACACUCUCAGCCAAGAGAAGAUCAGCCUUCUGGACGAGAAAUCCUCUCUCGACGCCAAAGUUUCGGAGCUAUCUGAGACGGUGUCCGAGAUGGAGCAGCUCAGGCAGUCGAAAGCGGCGGUGGACGACCGUGUCUCGAGGCUCCAGGCGGAGCAGUCGGCCAGCCGGGCUCUGGAAGUGGAGCAGAGAUGUGAGUCCAUCAAACUUCGGCGUCAAAACAGCGAGAUGAAGCAAAAGAUGACCGAGCAAGACGCCGAGAGAGAAGAGCUGAGAAGACGGGUCGAGUGCCUGGAAGCUGAUGUGAAGAAGCGGAGAGGUGGCGGAGACGAAAACGGUAAGAUAGCACCUGGAAGUAAUGGCGUCCUUGCAAGAUCAUUAUCGAAGUGCAAUGUUAAGGUUGGAACACGAGAAGGCCAGGAGCUUAUCCUUCUUCGAGAUAAGAUCAAGUCCCUCGAGGUGGAGCUGAAGCUAAAGGCUGCUGAAUCCGAGAGCUUGAAACGAGAGGUUGCUGCAAGGCAAAAGGAAGUUAAUUCCAACUCGAUCAAGAAAACCGACGAACAGCAACAGCAACAACAAAAAGAUGAGGAGGCCAACUUUCCAAGCUCGCAGGAGCUACUACAAAAGGAGCUCCAGAGAAUGCAGCAGGUGAACGCUCAGCUCCAAGAGAAGCUCACUAGAUUCAAAGAGAGCUCCAAGUGGGGGAGCACACUGGAGAGAGUAGCAAGCCUCGAGACAGAGCUCGCAGAAGCUCUGGAAUCCAACACCAUGUACAAAGAACAACUCCGCAGCGCAUUCGCGACACAGCAGAACGUCCAUGCCGCGGCGCUCCAGAAUCUGGGAGACGUCGAUCACGUCGUGAGCAGCCUGCUGGGAUACAAGCGCAAGAGCAGCGAUCUGGAAACCGAGCUCGGCGAGAUGCGCGAGAGGUACCUGAGCAUGAGCCUCCGAUUCGCGCAGGUGGAGGCGGAGCGCGAGGAGCUUGUGAUGACGAUCCGGAGCCUGAGGAACGCUGCGAAGAAAUAAAUCUCGCAGCGAAGAACCCUAAAAAAAAAAAAAAGAACCCUAAACACAGGGCGGGAAACGGAGAUAUUUAAGUUUUUGACGGUAAACGCGGAAUAUGCGGUCUGGGGGUUGACCAAAA